CCCCCUCCCGCCUCCCGCCGGCCGUUAGGCGGCCCCGGUGCCAGCGCCGGCCGCCGCCGCCGCCGGGCCGCGCGGCGCGGCGAGGCGAGGCCGGGAGCGGAGCAUCCGCCGCGCAGACACGAGCGGGCCGCGAGCCGCCAGCCCAGACGCGGCACCGCCCGCCCGACCGCUGAGCCUCCCUUCAGCAGGAGGCCGCGGGCGAGUGGAGGAGGGAGGCCCCGUCACGGCGGGGGGGGGGGGGGACGCGGGCGGGGAGGAGGCCGGGGGCGGGAUGCGCCGGUGUGCACCGCGGGAGGCGGUCCCUGCAGGCGAGGGCGCGGUCCCCGGCCGGGCGGCCGGCGCCGCACACAGGCCCGGGCGCGCCCGCGGGAGGCCCAGGGAGGCAGGCGCCAGGGAGAGGCGGGCCGAGCCGGCGGCCGGCAGCUGCCUCCUCCCCGGCUGCCGCGGCCCGCCUUCGCCGCGCAGUUGGGGGCAGGGCUGAGGCCGUCGCGGAGGAGCGUGGCGAGGGACUGAAUCGUGUCUCUGUGCAUAGGUGAGCCCGAUGUCGAUUCGCCGGCUGGGUGAGGGGGAGCGCGGCGGUCCCUAAGUGAUGCUGAAGAGCCGGCUCCGCGCCGGCAGCCCCCCCGGAGCCGGCGAGGCCCCGUGCGUGAGCGGGGUGGGAGACAUGGACUCGGCAGAGCCCGCGGGCGCCGCGGCUGGAGACCUCUUGGCGGAUCGGCCGGCGGCUAGCCGCCUUCGGUGCGGGGAGGAGGAGCCGGACAAGGAGGGAGACGAUGAGGGAGGGAAGAGCGGCGGCUGCUCCUGGGAGCAGAGCCUGAAUCCCGAGCUGCAGCAGGGAUACCGCAUCUUGCGUGAGUUUCUCCUAGAGAAGUACCGGCCUCUGACAGCACCGUUUUUGAAGCCCCUUGUGGAUCAGGCAUCCAUCAGGGAAGAAGGAGCUGGCUCCCUCUCCAGUCGUAACAGCAGUCACUCCUUUCAGCAGUCGCCAGCUGGAAUGUGGUUGUUGAAGAUGGAAGAAAAAUUUUCCAGCGGGCAGUACACGGGGAUAGCAGAUUUCGUGGGUGACUUCCGGCUAAUGUUGGAGACUUGUUACCGGCUGCAUGGUGUAGAUCACUGGCUCUCCAAACAGGCCCAGAAGCUGGAGAUGAUGCUGGAGCAGAAGCUGGCGCUGCUGUCACGGCAUUUGAGAGAGAAAACUUCAAUAGCUGUAACAUCUAGAGGAUGCUAUGGGCUGGAAGAUGAGAAAGGAACAGCAUGCAUUUCAACAAGACGUCGUUCCAUGCCUCGCAAUUUAGUAGGCUUGUCAACAGGCAUGUUUGAGUCUGUGAUGGUUCAGGUGCUAAGACAAGAGGAACACCUGAGAGCAAAAGAGGAAAAGAGGCUGAGAGAGCAAGAAAGAAAAGAAGCAGAAGAAGCUAGUCAGAAAGAAAUAGAAGAAUGGGAACAGUCACUUUUAGCUCAAGCAGCACCUACAAGGAUGGAGACAAUGUGGGAGAUUCCAGCUAUUGGUCAUUUUCUUUGUUUAGCACAACAGAUUUUAAAUUUACCGGAAAUAGUAUUCUAUGAAUUGGAACGUUGUCUUCUGAUGCCUCAGUGUAAUGCUUUUUUAUCUAAAAUAAUGACUUCUUUGUUAAGUCCUCCUCAUCGCAGAUCUACGUUACAUCGCAGGCCUACGCUUUCGUACAGGACUUGGGAAGCAGCACUAAGACAGAAAGUACGACACUGGUAUACUGUUGUAGGGCAGACUGACAAUCCUAAUAGCUCUGCAGAAAAACUUGGAUUGUGUCCUCAGUUUUUCAAAGUCCUUGGAGAAGUUAAUCCCUUGGAAUCAAAACCAUUUCAUGAGCUACCAUUCUACCAAAAAGUGUGGCUGCUGAAAGGUCUCUGUGAUUUUGUGUAUGAAACACAGAAGGAUGUUCAGGAUGCAGUGCUAGGUCAGCCUAUACAUGAAUGCAGAGAAGUAAUUCUUGGUUAUGACUACUUGGAGAAUGCAUAUGUUCAUUUUCCACAGUUCUGUGGUGCGGAUGUUCGGAUUUACAAACAAAAGCCUUUUCAGGCUCCUGAAUUCCCAUCUCCUCCCAUCAAAGUUAGGAAAGUGUCACGUAUUAAACUGGAAAAAGUAAAACAUGAACAUGUAAGCAAAAGCAAUGGGGAGGUCAGUUCUGGUGGCGGAGAAGAGCUGCUACAUCAUUCCAAGGCAGAAGCAGAGAAGGGUAUGGAUUCCGUUCUUAGCUGUCCAGAAAAAAAAACACAUUCAGAUAGCUUUAGAGUCACUACAGAGGAGAUGAAGAUUAACUGUGAAAUCAAGCCCUCAAGAUUCUGUGACAUCAAAAAGACUGGUUGCUAUAAAGAGAACUUGGGGAGUUUGAGUAGUUCAGGAGAGAUUGCUGGUAUAGGUGGUCACCUUAGUUCAGGAGAAAUAAAGGCUGUGGAGAAUGGCCAGAGUUUUUCUGACAUGGCUAGAGUAAAAGCUGAGAUCAGUCCAUUCAAGGAGAACACACUGAAAGCUUGCCAAAUGCAUGUCAAUGGCACUCGUAAUGACAACCAGGACAUAAAUUACCAGGAAUCUGCUAAAGAAACAAUGCUAGAGAACUCACUGCGAAAUAAUGAGAAACUAAAUAAGUUGCGGGCAAAAAAGAAGAAAAAGAAAAAAAAGAAGUUGAAGGAUAUUCUAAAUGAAAAUCUACAGAGGAAACUUGAUGACUUGCAAAGAAAGCGUGAGAUUCAUCUUCAUCCAUUCAAAUCUUACAAAACUGAGAUCCAGAACAAGUUGUUUAUAAUUAAAAAGAAAGCAAAACACAAGAAGCACAAAUCUGGGAAAAAAUCGGUAUCUAAAAAAGCAAUCACAAAGAAGAGGAAAGGUGUCACAAAGUCUACCAUACCAGAAUUUCAGCUUAUUUGCACUAAUCUUGAUGAACUCAGGGAAUUAAUCACAAAGAUUGAGAAUGAACUCAGAGAUCUGGAGGACAUUAAAAAGAAAUCGGGAAGAUGGUACCACAGGAAGCAAGCAGUAAAAGAAUUGCAUGGUACAUUGUUACGACUGCUUAAUGAACUGUUACCAUGGGAACCAAAGCUAAUGAAAGCAUUUCAAAGAAACAGAUCUAGAUUGAAGAAGGACUAUGAUGACUUUAAAAGACAUCCAGACCAUGAUAAAUUUAACAGAGAAUCGUGGAGUAAUGAUGAAAGUGAAGUUGAUUCUGGCAAAGAUUCAUUUGCAGUAGUGUGUGGUAAAUCUUCAGAGUCUGCAGAACAUGUGGAAGUUUCCAAAAAAGAUCACCCUGACAAUGAUGAAAUGAAACUAUUGGAGAUGAAUUUACCUGCAGGAAAAAACAGAAUUCUGAAAAAAGAAUCAACUUCCAAAGAAAUACAGAAGACACUGCCCAAAUGUAUUAAACGACAGUCAAAGCAAAAUAGCUGUCUGGAUCAAAGCACUAAUGAGCUUUCACCAAGAAAGAAAGCUAAGCUGAGCACUAAUGAGGCUGCGGUCCAGAUUUCAGAAAGUAGCCUGCAGCCAGAUAGUUGUUUGACUGAGCUGAAACAAUUCGAAGAGUCAAAUCCAGAAUCAUUUUCCUUGACAGAUCCUACAACAUCAGUAUCAAACUUUCUGAAAGGGACCAAACCCAUCCAGGCCUUGCUUGCCAAGAAUACUGGGAACAAAGUGACCUUAACAAAUCAACUGUCACCUCCUGCAGGCAUAAGUGUGUCUACUUCUGAAAAGACAGUUUCACCACCUUUGGAAUCAUCACUGAUAAAACCAGCAUUGCCCUGCCAAACUAGUUCAAAGACUCCUUUACAAAUGGUAUACAAAAUGCCAAAUGUCCAUUGUGUACCAAUAGAUCUCCAGAACAGCUCUGUGAAAAUUCAAAUGCAACCUGUGAUGGACCCUAAAACUGGAGAAAAAGUCAUGCAACAAGUUCUUAUUUUACCUAAGAAUUUUCUUAUUCAGCAGAAGGAGGGAAAAAUUGUGUCCAAGGACACUCAGUCACUACAGCAAAAAUCAUCUAAGCUGCACUGUACAACUUCACCAGAAAUAUCAAAUGUCAGUGUUUCUUUAACACCUGUUCUGGUGACAGGACCUGCAAAUGCUAGCAGUCGGUCACCUAGUACAAUUCUUAAUAAGAAUAUUACCCACUUGUCACAAACAACUGGUCCCAUGAACACUACACAACCACUGACUGCUGUAACUUCAGCAAGUAACUUAUUAUCAUCAGCAGUUAAGGUGAGCCAAGCUGAAACUGACAAAAUCAAGACUACAGUUUCAGUUGCCACAUCCCCUGUGUGUUUGACUUCACCUACUCUUUCAACAGCUAGCCAGUCUUUGAUAUCAGCAACAGCACUAAGUGGGUCUACAAGCACUGCUUCUGCCUGUUAUAGUCUUGCCCCUCAGCAGACAACUGACUCCUUUGAAACUAGGCAAGAGCUGAAGACUGUGUGUGUAAGAGAAUCACAAUCUAUUCUGGUCACAACACGAGGUGGAAACACAGGAAUUGUUAAAGUGCGAACAAACCCAGACCAGAUUUCACCUAGUAGUUUAUCUUCUAGUUCAAUUUUCACUUAUGCACCUCAACUUCAGACCUUUCUUGUGCCAAAAACCACAGCAUUAUCAUGCUCAGCUCUUCCAUCUGUAGCAACAACUGUGUCUGGUCUCCCACAUACUGGACAAUCAUCUCUUCCUGAAUUUGUUCCCUCAACAGCUGCUUCUGUUAACAUUCCAGCUUUCCCAGCUGAUUUUACCCAGGCAGUGGAGAAGAAUAUGAAAUUCACAUUACACCAGCCUGCUGUUGGAUGCACUUUGGGGCAAGUAAUAGAGAACUCUAGCUGUGUGUCCUCUCCUUCUUUGUCCUCCAUUUCAUUAGCCAGCAAUUCGAUGUCAGCAACUCCAAACAGCCCUGUUAGUGUGACUAGCAUUGGAGAGAAUAACACUGUUGUAACUCCAAAUUCUUCUGUGCUGCAACAAGGCAAUACUAAAACUAAAACAAAUCCUGUUACACAAUCUGAGUCUAUUUCAGCAACCACUGGAGAUUUAAUCAGUGGUAUGCCAGUCCAGAAACUUACAUUAGUCACAAAUCCACCUAUCUUAUCACCCUGUGGGGCAUCAGGAGUCAGUAUUAUACCCUCUCCAGCAUCUACUGGUGUUAAUGCUCCAAAGUUUGUUUUCAUUAACACGCAAAUUGCUAAUGGCCCAUCAGCCACCAAUCUAGUUGCUGAGUCAUUGAAACAUAACCUUCCUUCUUCCCUAAACAAAACCUUUGUUAGUGCCACAGAGCAACCACAGUUGGUUCUGAUCCCAUCUACAGUAGGAGCACCAAUAAGAAUAAAUUCAUCACCAACUAUUGCUCAAGUAAAAGAUGUGAAAAUUGGACUUAAUAUAGGUCAAACCAUUGUAAAUACCAAAGGCAAUGCACAACAGGCUCCACCAGUGAAUAUAUUUCACUCUGCCAUUUCUAAGGGAGAAGACAAAAAGAGCAUGGGCUUGGUGCUAUCCUUGACAAGUAGUAAUACUGUGGUUCCUGUUCCAAGUUUUGUGAGUCAAAGUGCUGUGUCAGUUACUGAAUCUGUAUGUGUUGCAACAAAAGCUGAAAAUGCUCUUACAGUAACAACAGCAAAUGCAUGUGUAGAAUCUGUUUCAGUAACAUCAAGUAGGACUUCUUCUGGGACACGGCCCACUGUCUUGGUUGGUGGAAAUGAUCCCUUGAGAAUAAGGCCAGUUCUGAGUAAUCGACUGUGUACAUCAAAUAUUGGAAAUACUCUGGGUAUAUCAACUGUGAAAACAGGACAUCUUGCUUCAUCUGUGCUGAUUUCAGCAACACAACCAACAGUAUCUCCUCAAAACCUAGCAUCUGCUUUGCAGUUUCCAGUCAUUAGCUUGCCUGGAUCUAUAGCCACCCCCCCCAGAGUGUUCUGUACAGUUCCUCAGUUGGCAGCGGUUCCAGCUCCUCCUCCAGUACCAAAAAGCCAGUUGCCCACACUGCUUCAGUUUCAGUCAUCAGGAGUUUCAGCUGCUAUGCCAAGUAACGCAGGUAUUCACAAACCUCAGAGUGUGUUGCCCCCUCCAUCACAAAAUACAGGUAAAGUCAUUAGUUUUCCCAGUUUUUCUUCCCUACAGUGCCAGCAGGUGCCUCCCAGUACAGAGAAACAAAGUCAUGCUUACACUUGUGCUUCCACCAUUCAUAUGUCUGCAGCUUCACCAACUGUAACAAGCAAGGCAGGAAGUCAGUUGUAUGAACCUUGCAUUCAACAGAAAAUAGUCAUUAACACCUGUAUGCCUUUGGCACCUGGAACUCAAAUAAUGAUUAAUGGUACUCGUUUUGUUGUUCCACCGCAAGGCCUUGGAGCUGGCAGCCAUGUUCUUCUUCUCUCUUGUAAUACAAAACAGACUCCUCCUUUAACUAUUAGCCAUGGUCAAGAGGCUCAAGAUGUACCAGUUGUUAAUCCAGUAACUGCGAAAAUCAUGCUAGCGCCAAGUAAUCCAUUAAGUUGGCAGAUAUCAAAACAUUCUUUGAAAAGCUCCACAAAAAUUGUGAACUCUUUUGGGUCUGCAGAUCCUUUACCCAUCGUACAUGCAACACCUCAGAUAUUUAGUACUCCAGCUAACUCAUGUACUCCAUUUUCUGCAGCGACACCAUCUGUGUCUUCCAUGAUAAAAUCUCCUGUCAAUGUAGUAGCUACAUCUUCUGUGGUUUCUGCCAUUCAUCUGCCAAACUCUCAUUUACCAAGCAAUACUUCGGUGCUUCACUUAGACACUUCUGUCAAAAAACUGUUGGUCAGUCCAGAGGGAGCCAUUUUGAAUGCUAUAAAUACUCCAUCAUCAAAAGUUUCUUCCAUGUCUUCAGCAUUGCUUCCUAUUGCUGUAUCCACAAGCAAAAAUCCUACCACUGUCUUCCCUGCAUCUCAGUCAUCUUGCCUUGAUAAACCUGACAAAGCUGCAUCCUGAAUUUAUCGAAAAUGAGCCACUUUGAAAUUUUGGGGAUUCUUCUGACUUUGAAAGUUGUAACUAUUGAAUAAUUUCUUAUGUUGUUUGAAACAGUUGAUUUACUAAAAAUUACUUGAGAUUACUGUUCUUUCCUGUUUACCUGUGGGGAUUAAGAAGAAAAGUUUUAGUUUGUUGGAAAUUUUCAGAGUUCUUUAGUAAAAAGGUCAGAAACAAGUAAUGAAUUCAUUAAACAUCUUAGUUUGGAGAAACCUAGCCUUUUGCACAUGCUCCAUCUUACAGUAUGGACUGUUUGCCAGUGUUUAUGACAGUAUAUAUCUCCUUUUUAUUUGUCAAAUUUAUUUUUUGUUUCUGUAAAAAAAUAUUUAUGCAUUGUAAAAAUGCAAUCUAUGGUAUAGAAUUGUACAUAUUCAUAAAUUCCUAACAAUCUGUACUAAACUAUAUGUACAAAGAACUCUGCUGUCUUAUUUAUGUUUUGUUUACAUAUGUAUAGUUUUUUAAGUAUUUUAGUAAUUUUGGACCAGUGUACUGUUUAGCAACAAUGCGGAAGAAUCUGCAUAUAAUAAAUCAAGUUGCUGUACUGCUUUGUGUUGGCAAUAGUUUAAAAAUGUGUGUAUCUAUUGCAUCACGGCAGAAUACAUAUAUACAUUGUCCUGCUUAAUGCAGGUGCAUCUCAGCUGUUGGAAUAUAGUAGAAUGAAGUUAUUUAAUCUCUUCUGCUCUUCUUUGUGGUUUACAUCUCACAUGAUUUAAUAGGAGCUGGAAGGAAGGCCAUCUUGAUCUUCCCAACACAGGGCAGGAUAUAACCCAUACUUCAUUCAUUCUUAAUAAAUGUUUCAUCAUAUUGUGUAAAAUCUUCAGUGAUGUGGUAAGGCUAGAAAUCGUUUCCGAGACACCAGUCUUAAAUCGCACUGGUUGCAGUUGAGGACUACCAUGUUUUGUCAUAAAGCUUACAGAUAUGUUCAUUGUUCUCUUUUUUACAGUCCUGUAUGCAUUUCCAGGUGUCUGGUAGCUGUAAACGCUCUGUAAGCUUCCAUCUAGUCAUAACAAACUGUCCAGUUUUUUCACCAGUCACACUUUCUAGAUUUGUAAAUUUUUUUUGUUUAGCUUUCAAUUGUUCUGUCUGCAAGGAUACUGCUAAAACAUCACACAGUAUUAAAGGAGGCCUUACUAGUGCUUUGAGUGGGAAUAAUUCACAUAUUACAUAAAUCUUCCCAUUUAUGCACUGUAUUCAAUAUUUGUUGGCUUAGGUUCAGCUUUUGAUCUGUUAAAACCCUUGGGUUAUUUUCUGCAGGUCAGCUGAGUUCACAGCUGCCUGCUGCAGUGUUCAUGGAAAUAGAAAAGUUUUUUUGUUUCUUUUGAGAUUUAGCAUAUACUGACUUAGCUGCCUAUGUAGGAGCUCUUAUUUUAUGGAAGAUGAUGAUUUUAGAAGUGUUGUAUUAAAAUCUAAAGUCAUAGUCUCUGUUAGUUGCUUGAAAGAUCCAGUCUCAGUCUGAACACUUUGUAUGUGUAGGAUUUUUUUGUGUUUUUUCUUUUUUUAGACACUAGGAGGGAAGAUUUCAGAACUCCUCAUGAAUGUUAGUUGCCUUUUAAAUAGCUAUGACUUUAAAGGGGGAUAAAAGCUUACAUACCUUUACUUAGCAGCAUUCUUAGACUGAUUUUCAUCAAGAUGAAGCUUCAGCUUUGCUCGUCAUCCUGUUGAGUUUUCUCCUUCCCUUCCCCAUUUGCUAUACAGCUUGGCUGUUUGGAUCUUGGGUGGAAAAAUGAGACCACAGCUUAAUCCCUCUAUUGGGAUUAUUGAAGGGAAGGUAGCUUCCAUUCAUUUUGUUCUGAAAAGUAAUCUGGUAACUAGUUAACUAGAAUUCUGUGGAAGCGGGGGGAAGAAAGGCUUGUGCGUUCCGUAGGUGCCUUUCCUUUCUGCAGUAACUAGAAACUUUGAAUUGGGAAGUUGCCUCUCAGCAAUCUCCAUCUUAUCUCAGGGUUAGGAAAGAUGGAAGCUGUCAGUUUUAGGGAGGCAGAAGGUUUGAUUUUAUUUUGGAAAAAGCUGCCUAUUUCUCAUUAAAGGUAAUCAAUUUUGACGAUGCCUAGCAGUAAGUGCUGCCUGCCUGCCAGAGUUUACAGUAUUAAGGCUUUUUAAAUCUGACUGCAUUUUGCAGUUGAAUAUUGCAGGUGACUUUUCCAACAGAGGAAGAUGGCAGAGAAUGGCAAUUUCUUCCUUUGACAUUUUACAUACUCUAAAACCAUAUAUACCAGCAACACAUUUUAUUUCCGUUUCACUGGUCGAACCUUGGGACUGACUUUCCUGGAUUUUUCUCUUCUCUUACAAUGGCUGUUUUUCCUUUUUAAUUUUUAUUUCUCUUUGUUGUCGGGCGAAUGUCUGCAUUGUUUGGAAAGCUUAAGAUUAGGUUCUACUGUUGCAGGCAGCCUGGAGAAGAAACUCUUGCAUGACAUUUUUCUGUGUGCUAAUGUAGUAGAAAGUUUUAUGCUAUAAUUAACUCUAAUAAAGAGAAAAGUUAGAAAAGCUUAACGGAGGAACUUGGAACUCAAGCUACUUGCCUGAAUGAUUUCUUAGAGAUUUUCUGAAUUAGUAUGAUAAUAUUUUGUAAUUGCUUUAUAAGUAUUUUAUAAUUUGGGAGUCAUAAACUUUGCAUCAUGCAAAGUUUGAUUCAGUUUGAUUAGAAUUUCAUGGACUUUUAUUCUCUACUGGACACAUGUUCAGAUUCCAAAUUCUAUUGGAAAAAGGCUUGAGACUGCUAUGUAAUGAGUUUGCAUGAUUCAUUAUUUUGUAAAAACAAAUUUUAGUCAAUUUUCUGAAUAAAAUUCCUCUUCCCAUCAUUCUUCUCCGAUAAUAUAAAUGUUGCUCAGAGUAAGAAUUUCUUUCAAAUGAAAGUAAAUAGCCGUUGGCAAUUUGCUAUGUAUCUUUUGUUCUCUGGACCAAAUAUAUAGUGCUACCUAUAGCACAAAAAACUGAAAAAAGUAGGUUAUAGUCCAGAAUGAAAAAGCUGUCUUUGAUGAAAAUGAAAAAAAUAUCUUUGAUGUUUACCUAAAUGGACAUAUUCUGCACAAUAGUAUCACUUUGCUUUGAGUGGAAAAUGACAUUCAUUUUGCCUCACUGUUCAAACCCAUGUGUGUGCUGCCAUUUUCUUCUAGGGAUUCUGCCUCUGCCCUAUACUAGGCACAAUUAGGCUUCACAAAUUAUCAGGAUUCAUAGAAGUACCUGUUCAAACCAAGUGUUACUGUCAAGUCAUUCAAACCCACUCCGAUUUCACCAACAUAAAAAAAGAGUACAAUGGGAAAAAUGAAUCAGAAAUUCUCCUGACAAGCAAGAGAAGAGAAACUUACUAUUUGCCUCAUAUAUGUAGGUCAGAAAAUUACUAAAAGCUGGCAUUUGAAGGGAGUCCAUAGCCUCAUUACAGUUUGUUUCAUAGCUGGUUUUGCUUAUAUUUUGUAGUACUGCAGAAUUUUAGUAGCCCAAAUUGAUUUUAAAGUAAAUUAGUAAUUUCUAUUAAAUAUGAAUGUUUGUUAUGACGAGGCUGUUUCCUUUAAAAAGAACAGCAGAAGGUGCUCACAAAAGCUUAAAUUCAUGUAUCCUGUUCUCUGUAAGCUGCACCUAAAGUGAGUUUACUGGCUCAAGAUUAGUAAUACCAUAUCAGACUACAGGUCCAUCUGUCCUCCCAUCAUGUCUCUUGAAGCAGUCAACAGUCGCAGUCUGGAAGAGCAUAAUAAAAGGCCUGAAUAUUCUUCUAGUAUCUACUAAUCUGUGAGCCAGUCUUCCUCAGACAGCUGUGAUUUUUUUUUUCAAUUUAAUAGCCCUCGGUGUAUAUUUGUUAUUAAAUUGACCAAUAUUUUCUAGAAUUCUUCUUGAACACAGAUAAACUAUUACCAUCCACAGCCUCGUCUGACAAAGAGCUUUUCACGAUGUGUAAAUAAACCUGUUUGUUUCUGAACCUGGCACCUGCUAGUUUUAUUUGGCAUAAAUAAUAUUUGUACUUUAAGAUACAAUAAGCCUUUGCUCCUUUCUCAUUUUUCCAUGUGGCCUAUGUAGACCUUUGCCAUGUUGGUUGUGUCUUUUCUGGAGUAAAGAGACAUCAUCAAUUAUUUCUUAUAUGGAAAUAAUCAGUUACUGUCAUUGCUGUUUGUACCUUUUUCAGUUUUACUAUAUCCAUGAGAUGUGGGAUCAGAAUAAUGUAUGUUCUAAAAUCACUAUGAAUCUAUUCAGCAGUGUGGUGAUGAUUAUUCCCUCGUAAGAAUUAUUUCAAUUUUGGGGGGUGGGGUUCUGACUAUGAUUUAGCCUUGUACUAACUUUUUCGUAGAAAUAACAAUUGUAAACCAAAUUCACAGAAGUAUAAAAGUAAAUUCAAUCCAUCCUGUAAGACUAUACCAGAAUAUCAUGGCUCUAAAGACCUGAUCUUUAAACCAGAUUAUUGAAACCAGUGUAAGUGUGGCACUGUUCUUCCCUCUGUACAGUUCCUACUUUUAUUUACUUUGCCUCUCUGGGAAAUGUAAAAAGACAAACUGCUGUAAUGAUUUUGAACAUGAUUGUAUUUCUCAUUAUUUUUGUGCAUAGAGUACAAGCUUUAAUUCUGUAUGUUAGGUGCAUGAUCAUUUUAAACACAUUGGCACACAAAAAAUGGUGAGUUGUUGAGGAGGCCACUUUUGCAAACAUGACACAGAUUAUGUUCUAUUUUAAAUAUUUUCCUUGAAACUACAGUUUGUCAUAAAACAAACUUUAAGGUCUUGAUAAACAUGUCUUCUUUUUUCAAAAGAUCAGACUAUCUAUAGCUCAUGGGCACUUAGUACCAGCAGGUAUGUUGAGAUUCUGUCCACAAAAUGUACUGGUAUUUGUAGAAUCAUUCUUCACUCCCUUGUUUUUAAUC